GUGCUGGACCCUAUAUGUUCAGCAGACAAUACCGUAGUGAAACUUCAGUGCGGGAGACUCCGUUAGGAGCUGUAGCAUUGUGCGUGGCCUUCAAGCUUUCUCGCUGCCGUUUCUGCCAGCCUCGAGAGCUUACCCAAGUCAUUCGCCUCUUAUCUCUCGCUGCACUCCGUCCUCUCCACCGUAACUUCGUCGUCGUUUCUCCCGUCGCCGUAUUCCGCUGACUGCUCCUCGGCCCAUUAUCUACCGUCUCGCUGCGCCUAUCCUCCACCGUGCAUCCUUGAUAUUGCCGUCACCUCACGCCCGCAUGGGGCCUGACGACACUGUGCGCGACACUGCGACAAAGUCGCAAUUCCUUCCACCCGUCGUACGACCCGUUCCGCCCGCCAUCGCAAAAUGCCUGGAUCGCGUGCGACAGUCUCUGCAAGUGACGUUCAAGGAAUUCGUCGCAGACGGCCGCCAAAGCAAGAACGGCGACUCAAGCGACUCAGCCGGCGACAGCUCUGGAUUGGUUCAGAUCCGCUGCCGCGACGCGCAGCGCGAUCAGAUCGUCGCAUUCUGUCGUGAGCAUGCGACUAAAGGCCGCGCGGGCAGCCUAUACGUUUGCGGCUGCCCAGGAACAGGAAAGACCCUGAUGCUGUCGCAAGUGGCGAAAGAGGUGUCCACGUGGACGAAUGCCGCCGGCCAGCCCCUGUGUGCGCCGGUGUACGUCAAUUGCAUGGCCCUCACCGACCCCGCCGACCUCUUCCCGCAGUGUAGUCAUGGGGGCAGCUGCACGGGAGAUGCGAGCAGUGGUGGUGGCAAGGGCGGGAGGAAGGCAAUGAUUCUGGUGGUGGCGGACGAGGUGGAUCAGCUGGUGAGGGGCAGGGACUGCAGCGCGCUCACGCACCUCUUCCAGCUGCCCUCCUCACACGCCCUCUCGCGCUGCAUCCUCGUUGGAAUAUCAAACUCCAUCCACCUCAUCGACUCCGUGCUGCCACACCUCUCUCAACUCAACUGCAGGGGUGUCUCAGCACGCCCAACGCUGCUGCCAUUCCCAGCAUACGACCGCAAUCAAAUCUACGAGAUUCUUUCCCAAAGGCUCCAGGCCGCGGCUGGCGUGCAGGCGGAGGGAGCAGCAGCGCCCAGGGCAGCAGCAGGGGAGGGAGGCGGCAGGGAGAGUGCGUCAGUGGCGUUCUCAUUUGAGCCCAUGGCGCUGCACCUCUGUGCGCGGAAAGUGGCAGCAGCAUCGGGGGACAUGCGGAAGGCUCUUGACAUCACAAGAAUGGCAGUCGAUGUUCUCGAGGACGAGCUCAGGGCAGAGCAGAGGGAGGUGGAUGUGAGGGAGGCCGCAUCUGGAACAGGCCCACCUGGUGCACUUCCCGCUGGGGCGGCAGCAGGCGGCAGGAGCAACAAGCGGGUGGCAGGGGGAGAAGCAGACGGGCAAGCAGAGAGCAAGAGGCAGAGAGACGGAGUGCAACAGCCGAGGCAGGACGCGCAAGAGAGAGCCACCCUGAUUUCUGGCACCCAGGCCAAGGGGCUUGCUGGCGGUGGUGGUGCUGGUGGCGCUCAGGCGACUGGCUGCACCAAUGGUGGUGGUGGCAGCGGUGCAGCAUGUGCUCUGGGCGCUGAAGCAGCCUGCCCCAGUUGGAGCCUGCCCGUCAAGCUGGACGUGCACCACAUGGCCCAGGCGCUUUCCUGCUCCUUCGCUUCCUCUACGGUCGACUCCAUCCGCUCACUGCCCCUGCACCAGCAGAUGGUGCUGGUGGCGUGUGUGCAGCAGCACCAGCAGCAGAGGGCGCGGCACAGGUUCAUCAGCAAGGGGAAGCCUGCAUCCACCACCAAGGACUUUCUCCUCUCCCAGCUGUACAGUACCUACAUGGCCUUGGCGCGCUCGCUGCACGUGCCAGCAGUCACGCUCAACGAGGCCACUGAUAUGUGCGGCAUACUGCAAGGGCAGGCUCUUUUGCAAUUCGUGGGUGCUGGUAAGAAUGCUGCACGCCCCCAGGCCAAGUGCAAAGUGAUGCUCAAAGCGAGUGCUAGCGAUGUGAUAUUUGCCCUCCAGGGGGUGCGUCUAUUUAAGCAAGUCCUUACCGAUAUUGCAGCAGAUGUUGAGGUUUGAUUUAUGGAGAUGUGUUGCUUGAACCCAACCUGUUAAUGUGGUAGCGAAGUGAUGUAGUAUUUCAUUAUU